AUGCAGUUCUCCAUCGCUUUCGUUGCUGCUUUCGCUGCCUUUGUCGCAGCUGGCCCCGCCGCCGAGUCUCCCAGCGAGGCUUUUGCUCUUGGCAAGCGUGCUGGUCUCCCAGUUCCCGCUUCCAAGGGUAGCGUCACCCUCAAGGCUCCCCAGGUAGUCUCUGGCACCUUCGAUGGUGGCAUGAAGACCUACGGCCGUGGUGUCAAGUGCUCAGGUCAGGCUGAGGGUGGCAACAAGGACGCUGUCUUCAUGGUCAAGAACGGUGGUACUCUCAAGAACGUCAUCAUUGGAAAGGACCAGAUUGAGGGUGUCCACUGCGAGGGCAGCUGCACCAUCGAGAACGUCUGGUGGGUCGAUGUCUGCGAGGAUGCGCUCUCCAUCAAGGGUGGUAAGUAA